GUUUUUAAAUUUCAUUUUACUUUUGUAGGUGGUCUUAAGGUUUGGGAAUGUGCACUGGAUUUGGUGGAAUUUUUGUCAACUGAAAAUGUAGUUGAAAAUGGAAUGAAAAUACUUGAGCUGGGAUGUGGAGCAGGGUUACCUGGAAUUUUUGCCUUUUUAAAGGGAGCAACUGUCCAUUUUCAGGAUUUUAAUUAUGAAGUUUUGGACCUGCUCACAAUACCGAAUGUUUUAAUGAACAGUCAACCUGUAGAAAGCAUGGUUUCUACCAGAUGUCGGUUUUUUGCAGGAGAGUGGACUGCUGUAGGAAAGUUUUUGACAGAAAUACUGGACAUAAAGAAUGACAGGUACGACAUCAUUCUAACUUCUGAGACAAUUUACAACAUAGACAAUCAGCCCAAGUUGCUACAUUUGAUGAAAUCUACCUUGAAACCCACUGGUACAAUUUAUCUAGCAGCAAAAACACAUUAUUUUGGUCUUGGUGGUGGAACUCGACAAUUUGAAGAACUGGUCCGUAUCGAUGGCACUUUUGAUAUCAAAGUUCGUCAAGUGGUCUCAAAGGGACUGCAGAGAGAAAUACUUCAAAUGAACUUUAGAGCAUGAUGAAAACAGACAUUGAAAUACAACACCCGCAGUCGUCGGUGAUAAUAAAUCACCAUCUGGACAUCAAGAACUUUGUGAUCAAAACAUGAGUCAGAACUAUUAAUUGGUUUACAUGCUAGAAUAUGGAUGGUUAAAUACAAGUGUGAUUAAAAUAUUAAUUGAAACAUUCUUCAGAUUGUUAUGUUAAGAGGAUUUUGGAGGCUCACCAUCUGUGGAAUAGCAUGAAUACUCAUUUUGUUCUUCAGCUGUUAGACAGGAAGCCUUAUCUAGGUGAACCUAUACACUGUUGGCCUCAUUUCCACAUGGAGAUCCUUCUUGAUUAUGUUGCAAACUAUUGUGUUGGACAUGUAGAUGGCUUUUGCCACUGACCUUUGUGCAUUUUCAGCUAUUCCAAGAUGCUGAACUCUGGCUUGCCACUGCUGGGAUAAAACUUGUUGCAGCUCUCUUUCUGAAUGGUCCUGGUGCCCCAAGUUGAUCCAUAUUUCUUUAUUUUUCAAUACCAUUAAGUAUGAGAGAUAUCCCUAUGUCAGAAAUUCCUAAUAUUUGAUCUGAACACAUCUUUAUGAUACAAGUGUAUGAAUAUUUCUCCCUUCAUAAAAGCAAUACAUUUUUGGUUGGAUCACACAAUCUACAUAAUGCCAAACAAUGUAGUUCUGAUACAUUAUUUUAUACCAUGACUUUAUAUCAGCCAUGUUUGUCCUGUGAUUUGCUGAUAUUAAAACAGUAUUGAAUGUGUAAAAUGUACUCAACUCUGUAUAUGAAGUAACAAUAUUAUUAAUAAUGGAAAAAUACAAUAUAACCAGAUGAAAAGAAAAACCUUUAUUGUGACUUUGACACUUUAUAAUUUAAAUGUGAUUAAUGAUAGUUUUUUUUUUUCACUCAUCUUGGUACCACUUAAUUACCUAGUCUUUCAAGUCACAGGAAUCAAACAGUAAAGCUUUUGAAUAACUAGGUUAUUCAUAUCAAAAGUAAUGUAUUUAAAUAAAUGAUUUUCUAGAUGAAAAUAAAUUGAUUGAUAUA